AUGGCUCGGCUCCGCGCGCUGCUGUCCUGCCUGCUGCCCCUGCACUGCGCGCUGUGCGCCGCCGAGGGCAGCCGGACCCCAGAGCUGCGCCUCUCCGGAAGGCUCCGUGACUAUGGUGUGACAGUGCCCUGCAGCACAGAUUUUCGGGGACGCUUCCUCUCCCACGUGGUGUCUGGCCCAGCAGCAGCCUCUGCAGGGAGUGUGGCAGUGGACAGGCCACCUGCACCACCCUCCCACUCAGCUCACCUCCGGGUGGCCCGCAGCCCCCUGCGCCGCCGCAAAGGAGCCACCCCACCGCCUGGCCGGAUGGGGCGCUACUCCCUGUACUUCAAUGUUACUGUUUUUGGGGAGGAACUGCACUUGCGCCUGCGGCCCAGCCGGCGGCUGGUGGUGCCCGGAGCCUCUGCAGAGUGGCAGGAGGACUUUCGGGAGCUCUUCCGACAGCCCUUGCGGCAAGAGUGUGUCUACACCGGGAGUGUCACAGGCAUGCCGGGGGCAGCUGUCGCCAUCAGCAACUGUGAUGGAUUGGCGGGCCUCAUCCGUACAGAUGUCACCGACUACUUCAUUGAGCCCCUAGAGCGGGGGCAGCAGGACAAGGAGGCGAGCGGGAGGACACACGUGGUGUACCGUCGGGAAGUCGCCCAGCAGGAGUGGGCAGAGCCUGGAGGGGACCUUCACAACGAAGCCUUUGGCCUGAGUGACCUUCCCAACCUGCUGGGCCUGGUGGGGGGCCAGCUGGGAGAAGUGGAGCGGAAGCGGCGACAUGCCAAGCCGGGCAGCUACAGCAUCGAGGUGCUGCUGGCAGUGGACGACUCAGUGGUACGCUUCCACGGCAAGGAGCACGUACAGAACUACGUCCUCACUCUCAUGAACAUCGUGAAUGAAAUUUACCAUGACGAGUCCCUGGGGGCUCACAUUAACAUUGCCCUUGUCCGCUUGAUCAUGGUGGGCUACCGACAGUCCCUGAGCCUGAUUGAGCGUGGGAACCCCUCUCGCAGCCUGGAGCAGGUGUGUCGCUGGGCACACUCCCAGCAGCGCCAGGACCCCGGCCAUGCAGAGCACCACGACCACGUCAUCUUCCUCACCCGGCAGGACUUCGGGCCCUCAGGUAGGCCAGGGUAUGCACCUGUCACUGGCAUGUGCCACCCCCUGAGAAGCUGUGCCCUUAACCAUGAGGAUGGCUUCUCGUCAGCCUUCGUGGUGGCCCAUGAAACUGGUCACGUGCUCGGCAUGGAACACGACGGUCAGGGGAACGGCUGUGCGGAUGAGACCAGCCUGGGCAGCGUCAUGGCGCCCCUGGUGCAGGCCGCCUUCCACCGCUUCCACUGGUCCCGCUGCAGCAAGCUGGAGCUCAGCCGCUACCUCCCCUCCUACGACUGCCUCCUUGAUGACCCCUUUGCACCUGCCUGGCCCCAGCCCCCGGAGCUUCCUGGCAUUGACUACUCCCUGGACGAGCAGUGCCGCUUUGACUUCGGCACCGGGUACCAUACCUGCUCCGCGUUCACGACCUUUGAGCCCUGCAAGCAGCUGUGGUGCAGCCACCCUGACAACCCGUACUUCUGCAAGACCAAGAAGGGGCCCCCGCUGGACGGCACCGAGUGUGCGCCAGGCAAGUGGUGCUUCAAAGGUCACUGUAUCUGGAAGUCACCAGAGCAGACUUACGGCCAGGAUGGUGGCUGGAGCUCCUGGACCAACUUCGGGUCAUGUUCACGGUCAUGUGGGGGCGGAGUGCGAUCCCGUAGCCGAAACUGUGACAAUCCCUUCCCAGCCUACGGAGGCCGCCCGUGCUCCGGGCCCAUGUUCCAGUACCAGGUCUGCAACAGUGAGGAGUGUCCGGGGCCCUACGAGGACUUCCGGGCCCAGCAGUGUGCCAAGCGCAACUCCUACUACAUCCAUCAGAACACCAAGCACAGCUGGGUCCCCCACGAGCCUGAUGACGACACUCAGAAGUGCGAGCUGAUCUGCAGGUCAGAGGACACAGGGGAUGUGGUCUUCAUGAACCAGGUGGUCCAUGAUGGGACACGCUGCAGCUACCGGGACCCCUACAGCGUCUGUGCCCGCGGCGAGUGUGUGCCCGUCGGCUGUGACAAAGAGGUGGGGUCCAUGAAGGCAGAUGACAAGUGUGGCGUCUGUGGUGGUGACAACUCCCACUGCCGGACUGUGAAGGGGACUCUGGGCAAGGCCUCCAAGCAGUCAGGGGCUCUCAAACUGGUACAGAUCCCUGCGGGUGCCCGGCACAUCCAGAUUGAAGAGCUGGAGAAGGCCCCCCACCGCAUUGCGGUGAAGAACCAGGUCACAGGCAGCUUCAUCUUCAACCCCAAGGGCAAGGAAGCCACUAGCAAGACCUUCACCGCACUGGGCCUGGAGUGGGAGUAUGCGGUGGAGGAUGCUAAGGCGGGCCUCAAGACCGGCGGGCCCCUGCCCGAAGCCAUCGCUGUCCUGGUGCUCCCCCCGGCUGAGGGUGGCCCCCGCAGCAACCUGGCCUACAAGUACGUCAUCCACGAGGACCUGCUGCCCCUCAUCGGGAGCAACAAUGUUCUCCUGGAGGAGACGGACACCUACGAGUGGGCACUCAAGAGCUGGGCCCCCUGCACCAAGGCCUGUGGAGGAGGUAUCCAGUUCACCAAAUACGGCUGUCGGCGCAGGCGAGACCACCACAUGGUACAGCGGCACCUGUGCGACCACAAGAAGAGGCCCAAGCCCAUCCGCCGGCGCUGCAACCAGCACCAGUGUCCCCAGCCUGAGUGGGUGAUGGAGGAGUGGGGCCCCUGCAGCCGGAGCUGUGGGAAGCUGGGGGUGCAGACGCGGGGAGUUCAGUGCCUGCUGCCCCUCUCCAACGGAACCCACAAGGCCAUGCCAGCCAAAGCCUGCCCUGGAGAUCGGCCCGAGGCUCGGCGGCCCUGUCUCCGAGUGCCUUGCCCAGCCCAGUGGCGGACGGGAGCCUGGUCCCAGUGCUCUGCCACCUGCGGAGAGGGCGUCCAGCAGCGGCAGGUGGUGUGCCGGACCAAUGCCAACAGUCUCGGGCAGUGCGAGGGGGACAAGCCGGACACCAUCCAGGUCUGCAGCCUGCCUGCCUGCAGAGGCAGUCUCCAGAACUCCACAAUGGGGGCUGACGUCCGGGAACUUGUGACCCCAGAGGGCCAGUGGAUGCCACAGUCUGGGCCGCUACAUCCUGUUAACAAGAUACCAUCAACAGAGCCCUGCGUGGAGGACAGGUCCAUUCUCUGUCAGAUGGAAAUGCAGGACCGCUACUGCGCCAUCCCUGGCUACCACCGGCUGUGCUGUAAGUCCUGUACCAAGAAAGCCUCGGGCCCCGACGCCAGCCCUGGCCCCAGCCUGGCUGCACCACCGCCCUCCUCCACUCGGGGGAGCCCGUCCCCAGAAGCCACAGCCCCUCCAGAUGCUGUGGAGCCCACUGUGGGGCCAACGGACUCAGACAACCAUCUGCAUGGUCGACCUACGCAGCUCCCGGGACCCCUAGGCACAAGCUCCCCAGUGACCCAGCGCCGCUUAACUCCCCAGAAACUGAGCCCUGGAACAUUCCGGGGUACUUCCCCUAGCGCCACCCAGUGGCUGCCUUGGGGCUGGACCACUGGCCCACCUCUGCCAGCCUCUGAGGAUAAAGGGCAGCUCAGGGAAGACCUGAAACAUCCUGGCACCAGCCUCCCUGACACCUCCCCUGUGACAUGA